CACCUCCCCUGUUUAGAUAAGCCUAUGAUAGGUAACUACCUGGUACAAUACAACAAUAGAUGCGGGACUAAGGCAGAUAGUCGUCUCUUUUAUUUUUCCGCGAAUCUCGUAUCCAGGAUGGUCAUUUAUGAAAUGUAACGUUCUUUCGCCCUUCAGAGACCCUCAAGUUUCUUGAUAGCCAAUGCGGGGAACGUGAUGGAAAUGUACCUAGCCGGUUCGUAUAAUAUCUCGGCUAUGUGCCGACCGCCUGGCUUGAACGAAAUGACGGCUUCGGAGCCCAGCGAGGGUCGUUGUAUCACUCUACCUAUUCUUUCUCCGAAGGAAGCGAUAUAGAAAAUGCAUUGGUACCAUCCCCUAAUAACAUGCCUCCUGGCCGUCCUCAGCUCGGCACGGGCCCAGAGUUCCACACCGAGCUCAACACAAUCGGCCGCUGCGCCGGCAUUCACGUACGAUCGCAGCUCAUUCCUGCUCCACGGCGCGCCGCACGUCAUCAUCGGCGGGCAGAUGGACCCGCAGCGCAUCCCGGCCACGUACUGGCGCGAUCGGCUGCGGAAAGCGCGCGCCAUGGGCCUGAACACGAUCUUUAGCUACGUGUACUGGAAUCUCCUGGAACCAAUCCAGGGGCAAUGGACCAGCGCCGAGGAGGGCAACAACGUGGCGAAGUUCUUCGCCAUUGCCCAAGAGGAGGGCUUGCACGUCGUGUUGAGGCCCGGCCCGUAUAUCUGCGGCGAGAGGGAGUGGGGCGGGUUCCCGGCUUGGUUGAGCACGGUGCCCGGGCUGACGGUGCGGUCGUCGGAUGACGCGUUUAUGGAAGCGGCGGAAAGCUAUUUGGAGAGGCUGGCGGCGGACCUAAGGCCGCUGCAGGUCACGCAGGGAGGCCCGCUGCUCAUGGUCCAGGUCGAGAACGAGUACGGGUCGUACGGGACGGACCACAAUUACACGCGAGGCCUGCGCGACAUCCUCAGGCGCAACUUCGAGGUCCCGCUGUACACGAACGACGGCGGCGUCGACUGGACGCUGGCCGGCGGCGAGGUGCCCGGUGUCUUGGCCGAGAUCGACGGCGACCCGAGGUCCGGGUUCGCGGCGAGGGACCUGUAUAUCACGGACCCCAGCGAGUUGGGCCCCCUGCUCGACGGCGAGUACUACACGCUGGCGCCCGAUACGUGGGGGUCCGCCAACGCGCACAACACGGCCGCGGGGAACGCGGCGCAGGUCCAGCAGUUCGUGUCGGACCUCGACCUCGUGCUCGGCGCGAACAAUUCCAUCAGCCUGUACAUGUUCCACGGCGGGACGAACUUCGCGUUCAGCAACGGCGCCAUCUGGAGGAAUUACACGGCGGCUUUUACGACGAGCUACGAUUACGGGGCUCCGCUGGACGAGAGCGGGCGUACGACGGAGUUGUAUGAUACGUUGAGGGAUACGAUCGCGAAGUACGUCCCGGAGGGCAGUAUACCGCAGCCCCCGGCGAAUGUGCCGCUGAGCGAGUUUGCGAAUGUCACGUUGAAGCCGGUGGGAGGGCUGUUUGGUGGGGAUGUGCUUGGGGUGAGGAGGGCGACCGAGGCGCCGGUUACGAUGGAGGAGUUGGGGCAGGCUUAUGGGUUGGUGCUUUACGAGCAUAUGGUUACUACUGCGCUCGAGGGGACUUUGCAGCCUGGAGACAGGGCUAGGGAUCGGGUUAUCGUGUAUGUGAAUGGCACUAAACAGGGCGUCAUUGAUAGCACGUACGCCCAGCCGGCGGAGGUUAGUUUGUCCUUGCAACCGGGAGACACGCUGCAGCUCUUGAUUGAGAAUCUCGGCCGCGUUGAUUACUGGUCUAGAGAGUCUGGCACGUUCAUCGCCCUUGAAGACCCGUAUAAAGGUAUCGUGGGGAACGUUACAGUUGGAUCGCAAGUCCUUUCGGGGUGGGAUAUCUACUCGCUGCCCCUCGACGCGCCGCCUGCCGCUGGUUCUACGUCUAAAGUGGCAGCAAUAACAACGGGAUCGCCGCCUGUCUUCUUCAGCGGCACGUUCCGCAUCGAUGGAGGGAACACCUCCGACCCAAUGAUGCUGGAUACAUUUCUAGCCGUUCCCGACGGCGUCAAAGGAAAUGUCUGGGUGAAUGGGUUCAACUUGGGUCGGUACUGGAUUGUGGGACCGCAGCAGUCGUUGUAUCUCCCGAGAACUGUUCUCAAAACGGACGACGAUAACGAGAUUGUCGUCCUGGAAUUGGAGCCGAAUGCGGAAUCGUUGACGGCUUUUGGAACGGCGGAGAGGACGUGGGCGAAUUAUCCGGAUCCUGAUUACCCCUGAGGAUUAGAGAAGUAUACCUCGGUAGAUCAAGUUUCUCAGCUUAGGAUUUCCUACUGUGUUUGUCAUGACUUGCCUCUUGACUACCUAGAGAAUGCCCUUCCAAAUACUUCUUAAACUUUACCUGUUGGCUUCAUGAUGCUGAUUGCAUUCUUAAGAUAAACCAAGUUCUUUGAGUCCUUUGAUGGAAACGUAAAGUUGCAAAAUAGUCUGUUCGCGGCGAAAACCCUUGGAAUAGGGGCAAACGGCUCUGUUUUAGCCACCAGGCUAGAACAUCUAUUUUUAAUCCUACAGUUCGUAUCAUGCGCGUUAUUUAUAUGACGUAGAUAACCGAGUUCG